AUGGCAACAUUGUGUGGACCGGUGGUCGUCGACGGGAGCGGUCCACCACGGUAUAGGACUAUCAAGGCAGAGGAGCUGUUCAGCUCGUCCAGGACAAUGCUCAACCCGCGCACCAACACGUUCUACUACGUCGGGCUCGCCGGCAUCUCCGUCGGCGACGAGGCCCUUUUCGUCCCAACCUCCGCCUUCGCCAUGGAUGACGCGGCUGCCACCCGCCUCCAGUCCUCCUCAUGCUUGCCUCUGGGGUCUGGCUCCAAUGUGAUCGCCAGGACACUCCCGCGAUCUCCUCCUCCGGCAAGCUCCAGUUCUCCCUGUAGACUUCCUAAGCUCGCUUUGGUCCUACCUGAGCAGCCCCUAAUCCUCGACAUCACCCCGACGCCAGCCCGGCCGUGCUCCGCCUCCCACUGCCGUCAACGCAACCGUCGCUUCGGUGCGUCCUCGCCGCGUCCGAGCACGCGUAGAUGCUCUAGUGAUACGCUGGUUACUCUCUCCUCUCCCGAAGCUUCCUCCCCGUACCAUCUAGCUGCCCGCAUAGCGCCACUCCUCAGUCCUCACCUCCGCUGCUGGAAGCCAUCGCCAGCAAAGCUUCGGCCGUCCCGCGUGCCCAUGCUUGCUUUCCCAGCCAUGCGGACACCCAGCUCGCUCGCCAAAAGCGUGCAGCCUCUCCCUACUAGCUCCUGCACCGUCCAGAGCGCCGCCGUCGUGCCCGCUGCCGGAGUUCCUCGCUGCGCCCAACAAAUGUUUGUGUAA